GAUGACUAUCUGACGAAAGAGAUGACGUCACUUGUCUAUCAACCCCUCUUUGAGAGCGCCGAGCUGAGGCCUUUCUACGGGUUUUCAGAAGCUGAAGUUCAGGGUGUUAUCAAGGAAUUUAAUCGCACCGACCACACGAAGAAUAUCAUAGCCGAUCUCACUAAGCACAAGGUUCCUGGCGGGCAGACGGUCUACUCUGCGUUUUCUAUGCACGACUGGUGUAAGGCUGAGCGUAAAAAGGCGAAAGAAAAGCUUAAGAAAGAAAAGAAACGGAGAAGACGAGAUAUUGCUGUAGGUAGGAGUAAAUAUUAGACGUGGAAGCUCGCAAAGCGUUUUUAGUGGGUGUACCUGAUUGCAAAAAUCUUGGAUUUUUGUUUGUGUUUUUUGAGAACUCAGGGCACCUCCAGUCCUCCACCCUCUGCCUUCGUGUUUGGAAUUCAGGAGGUCUCUCUUCGUGAAUUUUGAAUGUGUUCUACCAUAUUCCUUAGAUCGCAAGUACAGGAAUACAAAGUAAUAUAUUUUGCUCGACAGUA